CAUACUUACCUUGUAGCUAGACAGAUAAGUGUACAGCAGCAGCUCAUCCACGUGAUGGACCAUAUCUGUAAGUUAAUUGAUACAGUUCCUGCUGAUAAACUGAAAGCUUUGGAUUGUGGGGACGAACUGCUUCUGCAGCGGAACGUGAGAAGGAAACUGCUAGCGGAAGUAGAUUUUAACAGAAGUGGCACAAGUCACCUUGGCUCAGCGUGGAGACUCAGGCCUGAUCCUUGUGGUAGCCCUGUGGAGGAGGAUUCUUCUGGGGAGAAUUUUAUGAAGGAGUUAGCUUUCCCAUACCUCCCCUCAAAUCCAAUUUCCCCUGGGGAAUAUUUACCAACUACCGCCCUGGGAAAGACAGGAUUCUUAGCCACCACAAAGAAUCACUGUGAAAGCAUGUUAUUGGAGUCCUCUUUACAGAAAUCCUUUGUAAGUAACAACUGGGCUGAAACCCCAAAGCUAGAAAAAAGCAAGGAAAGCUCUUUUUUCCCAGGAAGUGUUCUCACAAGCACUGCUGUGAAAGAUCAGAAUAAAAACACUGCUUCAAUAAAUGACUUAGAAAGAGAAAUCCAAGCUUCCUGUGAAGUUGAUAAUUUUGACAUAGAUGACUUUGAUGAUGAUGAUGACUGGGAAAAUAUAAUGCAUAAUUUAGCAGCCAGCAAAUCCUCCACAACUGCCCAUCAGCCCAUCAGGGAAGGUCGACCAGUUAAAUCAGUGUCUGAAAGAAUUUCUUCAGCCAAGACAAACUGUCUUCCAGUGGCAUCUACUGCUCAAAACAUAAACUUCUCAGAGACAAUUCAGAGUUACACUGAUAAGUCAGAGCAAGAUUCAACAUACAGAAAUGUGAAACAUGAACAUUUCCAAAGUCUUAAUUUCCCGCAUACAAAAGAAAUGUUGAAGAUUUUUCAUAAAAAAUUUGGCCUGCACAAUUUUAGAACUAAUCAGCUAGAGGCGAUCAAUGCUGCGCUACUUGGUGAAGAUUGCUUCAUUUUAAUGCCAACUGGAGGUGGUAAAAGUUUGUGUUACCAGCUACCAGCCUGUGUUUCUCCUGGGGUCACUGUUGUCAUUUCUCCCUUGAGAUCACUAAUUGUAGAUCAAGUCCAAAAGCUAACCUCCUUGGAUAUUCCAGCUACGUAUCUGACAGGUGAUAAGACUGACUCAGAAGCUACAAGUAUUUAUCUCCAAUUAUCGAAGAAAGACCCAAUUAUAAAACUUCUAUAUGUGACUCCAGAGAAGGUCUGUGCAAGUAAUAGGCUGAUUUCUACUCUGGAGAAUCUGUAUGAGAGGAAACUCUUGGCACGUUUUGUUAUUGAUGAAGCACAUUGUGUCAGUCAGUGGGGACAUGAUUUCCGUCAAGAUUACAAAAGAAUGAACAUGCUUCGCCAGAAGUUUCCUUCUGUCCCAGUGAUGGCUCUUACUGCUACAGCCAACCCCAGGGUGCAGAAGGAUAUCCUCACCCAGCUGAAGAUACUCAGGCCUCAGGUGUUUAGCAUGAGCUUUAACAGACAUAAUCUGAAAUACUACGUUUUACCGAAAAAGCCUAAAAAGGUGGCAUUUGAUUGCUUAGAAUGGAUCAGAAAGUAUCACCCAUAUGACUCAGGGAUAAUUUACUGCCUCUCCAGGAGAGAGUGUGACACAAUGGCUGGUACACUGCGGAAAGAUGGUCUUGCUGCUCUGGCAUAUCACGCCGGCCUCAGUGACUCUGAGCGAGAUGAGGUGCAGCACAAGUGGAUUAACCAGGACGGCUGCCAGGUUAUCUGUGCAACAGUGGCGUUUGGCAUGGGAAUUGACAAACCGGAUGUGCGGUUUGUAAUCCAUGCAUCUCUCCCUAAGUCCGUGGAGGGUUACUACCAAGAAUCUGGGAGAGCUGGAAGAGACGGGGAGAUGUCUCACUGCCUGCUUUUCUACACUUAUCAUGAUGUGACCCGACUGAAAAGACUUAUAAUGAUGGAAAAAGAUGGAAAUCAUCACACAAAAGAGACUCAUUUCAAUAAUUUGUAUAGCAUGGUGCAUUACUGUGAAAAUAUAACAGAAUGCCGGAGAAUACAGCUUUUGGCUUACUUUGGUGAAAAUGGAUUUAAUCCUGAUUUUUGUAAGAAAUACCCAGAUGUUUCUUGUGAUAAUUGCUGUAAAAGAAAGGAUUAUAAAAUAAGAGAUGUGACUGAUGAUGUAAAAAGCAUUAUAAGAUUUGUUCAAGAACAUAGUUUAUCACAAAGAGCAAGAAAUAUAAAACAUAUUGGUUCUGCUGGAAGAUUUACUAUGAAUAUGCUGGUCGAUAUUUUCUUGGGGAGUAAGAGUGCAAAAAUUCAGUUGGGUAUAUUUGGAAAGGGAUCUGCUUAUUCACGACACAAUGCCGAAAGACUUUUUAAAAAGUUGAUACUUGACAAGAUUUUAGAUGAAGACUUGUAUAUCAAUGCCAAUGACCAAGCAAUUGCUUAUAUUAUGCCUGGAGAUAAAGCCCAAACUGUACUGAGUGGACAUUUAAAGGUAGACUUCAUGGAGACGGAAAAUUCCAGCAGUGUGAAAAAACAAAAAGCUUUAGUAGCAAAAGUAUCUCAGAGGGAAGAGAUGGUUAAGAAAUGUCUUGGAGAACUCACAGAAGUCUGCAAGUCUCUGGGCAAAGUUUUUGGUGUCCAUUACUUCAAUAUUUUUAAUAUUGUCACUCUGAAGAAGCUUGCAGAGUCUUUAUCUUCUGACCCGGAGGUUUUGCUUCAAAUUGAUGGUGUUACUGAAGACAAACUGGAAAAGUAUGGUGCAGAAGUUAUUGCAGUAUUACAGAAGUACUCUGAGUGGACUUUUCCAGGUCAGUAUAGCAAAUUGCUCUUGUUCACAAAGCCCUGUUUCCACCACCACAGCACCCUCUGCACUCUGCCUGGCAGAAAGGUAUCUUCCAAAACUAAAUCCUCCAACGUAAUUGGAUCCAGCUCAGCCUCACAUGAUUCUCAGGCACCAUCAGGAGCCUGCAGAAAAUUGGGGAUCAUGGCUCCACCCAAACCUGUAAACAGACCAUUUCUUAAGCCUUCUUAUGCAUUUUCAUAACAACCAAAUCUCAGUAUGUACACAUCCUGUUUGUCAGUGUCUGACCAGCUGUGAACACAAAGCUGUUUAUUCCUGUGCCAUUUGAAUUUAUG